AUGGGAGAUGUGGCUAAGGACCUUACUGCUGGAACUAUUGGUGGGGCAGCACAACUAAUAGUUGGUCACCCAUUUGACACCAUAAAGGUCAAGCUCCAAAGUCAGCCUACACCACUUCCUGGCCAGGUUCCGAAAUAUUCCGGUGCAAUUGAUGCUGUCAAGAAGACAAUAGCAGCUGAAGGUCCAGGGGGCUUAUACAAAGGCAUGGGAGCACCAUUUGCUACCGUAGCCGCCUUCAAUGCUGUCCUAUUUACAGUUAGAGGACAAAUGGAAACAUUGUUGAGAUCAUCUCCUGGUGAUACCCUCACAAUAAACCAGCAGGUUGUUUGUGGAGCUGCAGCUGGACUUUCUGUUUCCUUCCUAGCUUGUCCUACUGAACUGCUCAAAUGCAGGUUACAAGCACAGAGCGCACUCGCGGGUUCAGGAACAGCAACAUUGGCGGUGAAAUAUGGCGGACCAAUGGAUGUGGCCAGACAUGUUCUCAGAUCAGAAGGCGGCAUAAAGGGUCUUUUCAAAGGAGGCACCGACACCUCAGGACUUGGUAGAGGCUCUCUGAUGGCUUCCGGAGGCUUGGCUGGCGCUGCUUUUUGGUGUAUGGUCUAUCCAACUGAUGUUGUUAAGAGUGUGUUGCAAGUUGAUGAUUACAAAAAUCCAAAGUUUUCUGGUUCAAUUGAUGCUUUCAGAAGGAUAAAAGCUACUGAGGGAAUUAAAGGCCUUUACAAAGGUUUUGGUCCUGCAAUGUUCAGAAGUGUUCCUGCAAAUGCAGCAUGUUUCUUGGCAUAUGAGAUGACAAGAUCAGCUUUGGGAUGA